GACGAAAGCUGUCCUCAAUUAUUUCCAAGGCUAGGAGAAGAGGCCACCACCACCCUACGGAAACACUCCAAGAACCACACAUUUCCCACUGUUGGGGAUUCCAAGGAAGAUAACUCGGAUGAUAUAAGAAAGACCCAGCAAACCUUCUCAGGAAUCAAAAUCAAGCAAACCACAACUCUUCAACCGAAUCCAACCCCCCAGACACCACCAUGGAGGAACUCGAAACCUUCACUCAGCUCCCAAUCCGCAUGGAUCCCGCCUCCAAAGCCAUCUCCACAACCUCCUCCUCGCGAGCUUUGAAUGAAGAAUUGGUAACCCUCAACCAGCUGCACAAAGCGCUCCUCACCCUCGAAUCCCCCGUCCCGCCUCCCCCAGUUCCAGUAAAUCAAAAACGCUCCGCGCAAAUCACCAAGCUACGAGAAUCCGGCAACGGCGAGUUUCGCAAAGGCAAGCACCAAGAUGCUAUCCGAUAUUACGGUUUAGGUUUACAAAUGGCGUUGAGCAGGCCGUUGUGGGAACCAAGUGGGUUGGUGAGAGAUGAGGUUGCGGGAUUGUAUGCGAAUCGAGCGCAGGCGCACAUGGCGUUGCAGAAUUGGGUUGAGGGCGCUGUGGAUGCGGAGGCGAGUGUUGAGGCGAAGAAGGCGGGGAAUGCCAAGGCGUGGUGGAGGAAGGGGAAGUGUUUGAUGGAGAUGGGACGGAUGGAGGAGGCUAAGGAUUGGGUUGGUAGAGGCCUGGAGAUGGAGGGGAAUGAGGCGGAUUUGGUGGGCUUGUUGAAGGAGAUUACGGAGAAGAUGAAGAAGAAGGCAUAAAGGGCGGCCUGGGCUUGAGGGAAGGGUACUGCAUUAGUGGAGUUUGGUGUUCUUGUAAUACUAUCUGUUUGGUAGGAUCUGCGCCCUUACAAUUGAACUUUUUGCCUGUGGCCGACGCCCGGCUCGACAACUGUGGCUUUCCUCUCUCAGAAUUCUGGUCGGUUCCCAGCCAAACCGCCCUCUUCGGUCCAAUCUUCAAACCAAGCUCAC